GAACGUGCAACAUGAUGCAACUGUCCUGCUUGUUUUCCAGUUGGAUUAGUGAGGCUGAUUGGAGGGAUAUCUGUGUUUGAAUUCAAUUAUUUCACUUUCCAGUGUGGAUUAGUAGCCCAUUCUGAUGAAGUCCUGUUACCUGGUGCCUCAACUCAGUCCAGUGACUUAAGACUCUUGACCUGCUGGAUCAGCUCCUUCCAGAUGCCCUUUGACACAUGAGUACAAAUUUUUGCCUUGCUAUUGGCCUUGUCGUUCAUGGAAAACAAAAAUCCCAGGUAAUAAUAGUUGAGGAUGCCAGCGCCCUGGCGAAUAUGCUGUGAUAAAAAAUCCAGAACUAAGAAUGGAAAAGCUGAAAUGGACAAUAUGGCAGAGACGAGUGAAAAAAUGCAGAUGAAAAAAGAAAUCACGUUACUAAAUGGAAUUUCUUUAAUUGUAGGGAACAUGAUCGGCUCUGGGAUAUUUGUAUCACCCAGAGGUGUUUUAAUGUACAGUGCUUCCUAUGGACUCUCUCUAGUCAUCUGGGCGCUCGGUGGGAUGUUUUCGCUGUUUGGAGCUUUGUGUUAUGCUGAAUUGGGAACAUCCAUCGUUAAAUCUGGAGCCAGUUAUGCCUAUAUCCUGGAAGCAUUUGGUGCUUUUGUGGCCUUCAUCAGACUCUGGUCUUCCUUGCUAAUUAUCGAACCAACCACCCAGGCAGUGAUAGCAAUCACAUUUGCUAACUAUAUUGUUCAACCAAUUUUUCCUCAUUGUGAGCCGCCAUAUGACGCAGUCAGGUUGAUUGCAGCUGCUUGUAUAUGUUCCUUAACAUUUAUUAAUUGUGUUAAUGUAAAGUGGGGAACCCGUGUACAAGACGUUUUCACAUAUGCAAAAGUUAUGGCUCUUAUCUUGGUGAUAUCUGUUGGUCUUUACAAAAUUGGUAAAGGAGAAACAGAAAACCUGAGAGCUCCGUUCGAGGGCUCAGCAACAAACCCAGGGAUGAUCGCGCUGGCUCUCUACUCUGCCCUCUUCUCCUACUCAGGAUGGGACACGCUCAACUAUGUCACCGAAGAAAUGCAGAACCCCGAGAGGAAUCUACCUCUUUCUAUUGCAAUUUCAAUGCCUAUUGUGACUGUUAUUUACUUGCUGACUAAUAUAGCAUACUACGUAGUGUUGGACAUGUCAGCUCUCCUCACAAGUGAUGCAGUGGCUGUGACGUUUGGCGGUGAAACCCUCAGUUAUGCUAAGUGGAUAAUUCCUAUAGCAGUGGCCAUGUCUUGCUAUAGUGGCUUAAACUCAUCAAUAAUUGCAGCAUCUAGGCUUUUUUAUGUUGGAGCCAGGGAAGGACACCUCCCUGACAGUCUGAGCUUGAUUCAUAUAAAGUGCUUCACACCAGUCCCUGCUCUCCUCUUCAAUGGCUUAAUGACUUUGCUUUAUCUCCUUGUGGAAGAUGUUUUCCUCCUCAUUAAUUACUACUGCUUCAACUACUGGCUUUUUGUGGGUCUGUCUAUUGCAGGACUGAUAUAUUUGAGGUAUACUCAGCCACAUAGACCAAGGCCUAUUAAACUUAACCUCUUCUUCCCUAUAGUAUACUGUUUAUGUUCCCUUUUCCUGGUCAUAGUUCCUCUCUACAGCGAUACAAUCAAUUCCCUUAUUGGUGUUGGUAUUGCCCUCUCAGGCAUUCCUGCAUAUUAUUUGGGAGUCUAUCUGCCAGUUGAAAAACGACCUAAAUGUCUACAGAGACUCUCUGCUACAACAACAAAAUAUGUUCAGAUACUCUUCUACUGUGCUCUGUCGGACCUGGACAUAGACAUGGAACCUACAGCAGCUAAGAGUAAAUAGAGUUGCCUUGACAUUGAGAGUUGCACCUCGACAUUUUUUAUCUGGAACAAUUUUUACCAUCUGAAGUUUUCCCCAUGCGCUCAGUUAUACUAAAGCACUAACCACUGUGCUAUGCAUCAGUUUGAUGACUGUUAAUUUGUGCUUGUUUUAUAAACCACUCUGUUUUACAGGAUUUUUUAAAAAAAUCUGUUUGUUAAUAGUAAGUUAUCAUGUAACACUUUGAAACUAUAAAGCACUGUAUGAACAAACAUUUAUUAGUAGAUAAGUGCUAAAUAUUAGAGUAAUUGCAAAAUUGUAAUAAAAAGUAUUAGGUCUAAUCACAAUCCUAAGAAAUAAAUUUGUAAAUAUAACAAAAGACAGACCAGAUAUUUGCAAGGUUCAAAACCUGAGAUGGGAAGUAGAAACCACAGUGUACUUCUGAAAAUAUAACCAAAUUCUUAGCCAAAGUAAAAAAUAUAUAAUUCAAACUGGUAGACAUGCUUUGAGUCAAUGUAGUAUUAGUGGUAAAUAUUCUAAUGCAUAAUUCCCAGCAUACAUACUGAACUAAAAGGAGAAAACCAAAGUUUUCAAUCAUUUAAAUUCUGUUAGAAAUUCUUAUUUGACAAUAUCCCACAUACAUUACCCUCUUGCAGAAGAGGUAUUUUCAACAAACAAAUUAUACCAUUGUAACUGAAGUACUUUUGCUUUGCAGCAGGACAACCUGCUGUGGAGCACUGUAAGGGACUGAGUCGUGUUCCAGCUAGAGCGUAUUCAGGGAGAACACUUCGCCUUUUCACAGUGUCCAUUGCUUGCCUAGAAGUAUCAAAGGUGGGACCCCAUACUAAUUUUUUCCACAGUGGAAUUUAUUUAAGGAAUUCACGAGGAGAAAUUAAAAACUAUUGAUGUUUACAAGAUCCCUUGACCCCCUGCCCAAUCCUUCAUGCCUCACCAGUUCCUGCUGCCAAGGUAACCUGCAGGUCUCCUACUGAGCAUGCAGAGAGCCUCCAGCACUGGCUGCCAGGUCUUCACAUCCUGUAGGUGGUGCCUGUUGCACAAUAUCUAGCACAGGUGCAUGCACUGGACAAGUGCACUUACCAGUGGGUGCCAUGACAGCAAAGGGCAGUUAA